AUGAAUUUUAAACGCCACGGCCAUAGUGACAAAAUGCGACUCCUUAGACUCUUGUCUGUCGUGCCCUUUUUCUUCUCGGUCCAUGUCGCUGGAGACGGCGGAUAUCUCUGUUUGAAUGCUGACGGAAAGUCAAACACGACUUACGAUCAAAAUGUUGUGGAAAAAAGCGUGAAAGAUGCAUGUCUUCCGGAUAGCAAACUGUCAGCAGCGGAACUUGCAGCAAACGUUGAGGCGAAAAAGUAUCCUCGAGUCUGGGUCGAGGCGGAAAAUUAUGGAUUUAAUGAAACCACCUUGCUCUGGAAAUACCAAGUAAAUAGCUCAGAGCCACUAGAAGAGCCGGGAGUACUUGUCUUUACUAACAGAGCCUGCGUUAUUUUGGGAUUACUACAGAUAUCUGAAGAAGAAUAUCUAGUCUGCAAGGCUGACAAUGAACAUCAUGACGAGAAAUCAACCUCUAAUACUUUAGCGAAAAAGCCCCGGCCGGGUUCUUUCUCUGGUAGAUACGAAAAAACCGAUGUACGUUAUGACACAGAUGGCUACUCCGAUGAUGGCUAUAACUCAGAAGAAAGUGGCCCUACCUUCUCAAGAUCAUCACACGUUGGCAGUACCCCUGAAAACGCCGUAUCAUAUCAUGAACCUGGGGCUUCUGAAUAUGAUGAAAAUGGGCAUUUCAGAUAUGUGAAUGAUGGACGCUAUCCUGUGCAAGUAGCACCUCAAGUUUUUAGCGUAAGACGAAAUUUCGACUAUCUAGAGCCUCUUCCACCUGCUCGUAGUUAUGGACAUGGAAAUCAGCAGCAGCAUUCGACAUUCUCAAAUGGAUACGAACAGGGCUCUUCCUCGGGACAUGCAUCACAGCUGCCUACAUGGAGCUCAUCAGGAGAAGGUUCUUUCCACUCUCCUCAGGCCCAAGGAUCCUAUUCUAGAGGCAGCCAUCAUGGAGGUAAUAAUUAUGGAGGAAAUAAAAACUUCAAUAACUAUGGAAAUCCACUUGAAAGUCUCGGAAGAAAUUUGGAAUACUAUGAACCUCAGUAUAGUCAACCACAUGUGUCUGACGGUGAAGAUAAAAAAAAAGGUAAAAAUAAAAGUUGGUGGAGGGAUUAG